GAGAAAAACUUUUUUGACAAUAUCCUUCAUACAGUAAUGGAUGACCCUAUGACAAAAGAUAACAUAAAUGCAAGACUUGAUCUGGAAUUGUAUUGUAAAAGGAAAAGUUUGCACAUACCAAAAACAUGAGUGAAUUCGGGUAAAAAGCCAAAAGCCACUUAUGUUCUUAGUAGGGAUCAAAGAAAAUCAAUAUGUCAAUGGUUGAAGGAACUUAAAUUCCCUGAUGGAUUUGCCUCCAAUAUAUCUUGGUUUGUCAAUAUACAAGAGGCGCGAUUAUUCGGUCAAUGACAUGGCAAUAUGCCAGGAGAGGAUAGUAGAAAUCAUUCUGGAUAGCUGUAGUUCUCGCUGCACGGAGGCUAUUGAAUCCAUCCAACCGCUGCAACGGCCAAAUCCAUUUGACCCCCAGAGACAAGUUCAGGAGGAGGUUCCUAUUGAUGUGGUUUUGGAGACUUCAGAUGCUGAUAUACAGGCUGAGUCUCCCAGUGAUGAGGAUACACCUGUGGUUACCCCUCAGCAGAGACAGGGACGGGGGCAAGCUAAGCCCGUGCAAAUAUCUACAAAUGGGUUGAAGAUCCCAUUAGAACUAGAUGAGUAUGGUGGUUUGCCACAACAGCAAACAUAUGAAUCAAAUCCUGCGAUUGAUAAGACUGUAAACGAUUUAUGGAACGUGACAGCAAGGAUCAAGUUCAAGCAUGCACUUAGUGAGUUGAAAGCUAAGUGUGCAAAGAGAAACUUUCAAGUUAAGCCUCCAAAUAUGAAUCCAGAGUUAUGGGCAAGGCUUGUUUAUUUAUGGACUGAGGACGAGGGUCAUUUGAGAAGGUCAAGUUCUGCAAGGGCUAAUCGAGCAAAAGGACCGAGAUCGAGGGUAACGCAUACUAGCGGUUCAAUGGACGUUAAUGUUUAUAGAAAGAAAAUGCAACAAGCAAACCUCGAGGGUCAUCCAUCGACAUUUCCUGAGGUCUACACUAGUAGAAGGCAGCACAAAGGAAAAGGAAAAGACCAAUUGCCUGUAUAUUGUAAUGAUGAGGCUCAAGAAAUUGGAGAUAUAGGUGUGAGCACAUCUAGACGGGAACUAUUCAGGCCACCCAUCAUAGGACAGUCUAAUAAGCUUAUCGAAUUAGAGCAGACUGUUGAAUCAUUGAAGGUAGAUAAUAAUAGCUUUCGACAAUCACAAAUGACCUUUAUGGUAGAUAAUGAGAGCCUACGACAACAACAGUUGACCUUUGCUGCAUCUGUGCAGCAACUCUACCAGCAUUUAGGGAUGACCCCAACGGAUACCAGUGGGAUAGUCACCCCUAGGACACCCCGAGAUAUUUAGGUUUUUUAUAUUUCAAUUAAAUAUUUGUAUUUAUU